AUGUGGCGGUGGCUGCUGCUGACGACGCUUGUGACGGCGGCGGCGAAAAAGCCGCCGCCUCCCGCGGCCGUAGAUCCGGUCAUCGAGGAGGUCACUGCCAAGCAGCUGGAGCGCAUCCUGGCCGACAAGGACUACGUGGCUGUAUUCUGGUAUGCUCGUAGCUGUACUACUUGCGACCGUGUGCUACAGGAAUUGGAACAAAUCGAUGACGAUACAGACAGUUUUGGUGUGGACUUCGUCAAAAUCAACGACAAACGACUGGCGAAACAAUAUGGCAUCACCAAAUUUCCAGCGCUCACCUACUUUAGGGAAAAACAACCGAUCAUCUACGAAGGGGACCUAAUGGAUGAAGACAAUGUAUUGGAUUUCCUUACUAGCUUGGAAGCAAUGGAUUUGCCUGAUAGAAUUGAAGAAGUCAACUCGAGAAUUUUGGAUAAAAUUGUAGAAGAAACUGAAUUCGUUGCUGUUUUGUUCUAUAAACCUGAGUGCAAGAAGUGUUCCAAAGUUUUACUGGAACUUGAGAAUAUCGACGAUGAAGCUGAUCAACUUGGAAUAGGAUUCGUCAAGAUCAACGAUGAAAGCUUGGCUGAUGAGUACAAUUUGGGAACAUUACCAGCACUUGUAUACUACAGACAUCAGAUCCCAAUCAUCUACGAAGGGGAAUUAACAAAAGAAGAAGAUGUCUUGGAAUGGUUAGUUCAACACAAGAGCACUGGAGACGAAGACGAUAUAAUUGAAGAUGUCACCAUCAAAACUCUCACCACUCUCGUAUCUAGCGUUGACCACCUUGCAGUCCUUUUCUAUGAUCAUGGAGAUGAAGAUUCCACCCAGGUUCUCGAUGACCUUGAGCAUAUCGAUGAUGAUUGCGACAAAUAUGGCAUUCAGUUCGUGAAAAUAGACGACCCACAUGCAGCCAGAGAUUUUGGCUUAGACACUUUGCCAUCGGUGGUCUAUUUCGAGAAAGGCAUUCCUAACGUUUACGACGGAGAUUUGGAAGAAGAAGACGACAUCCUCGAGUGGUUGGUACAGCAACUAGAAAAAGACGAGAUCGAAGAUGUCACAGAUGAGAUGUUGGAUAAGCUGAUUGCCGAAGGAAAGAAUCUUGCAGUGUUAUUCUACGAUGACGAUGAUAGAAAAUCUCAAAAAGUCCUCAACGAACUGGAAAAUAUUGACGACGAAUGCGAUAAGCUUGGAAUCGUAUUCGUAAAAAUCGAUAACGACGAAGAAGCGAAAGAAUACGGAAUCGAUAAAAUACCAUCCCUCGUUUACUUCGAGAAUGGGAUUCCGACCUUGUACGAGGGAAAUCUCGAAGAUGAAGAUAAGGUUCUCAAAUGGUUCGAGCACCAGGUGAAAAGCGAUGAAAUCGAAGAUGUCACCGAUGAAAUGUUGGAUAUCAUACUGGCCAAGAGACAAUUCGUUGCUGUUUUGUUCUAUGAGAAAAAUCAGAAGAAGAGUCAGAAGGUCCUAGCUGAAUUAGAGAACAUUGAUGAUGAGUGUGACCAGAACAACAUCGUAUUUGUGAAGAUAGACAAUCCGGAUGAAGCCAAGGAGUAUGGCAUCGACAUCAUUCCCAGUUUGGUCUUCUUCGAAAAACAAAUUCCACACCUUUACGAAGGUGAUCUGACCAAAGAAGAAGAAUUGCUUGGUUGGUUGCUUCACCAAAAGAGGCACAGUGAGAUUCCAGACAUUACCGAUGAAAUGAUGGAUCUACUCAUCGAGUCACAGAAAUAUUUGGCAGUUCUUUUCUAUGAUAAGGAUGACAAGCAAGACAUACGAGUGCUCAACGAACUCGAGAACAUCGACGAUGAGUUAGAGAAAGAAGGCAUCGUCAUAGUUCGGAUCGACAACGACGCUGAAGCCAAAGAGUUCGGCAUAGACCACCUCCCCACGUUGAUCUACUUCGAGGAAAAAAUCCCCUCAAUCUACGAGGGAGAUCUUAUGAACGAAGACGAGGUACUCAAGUGGCUCAUCGAACAAAAGCAAACGGCAACCAUAGAGGAAGUGACCGAUGAAAUCCUGGAAGAUCUCAUCCAAGAACACGAAUACGUGGUCGUUUAUUUCAGUGGCAACUGCGAGGAGGGGCAAGAAUGUGACGAUAUUCUCGACGAACUCGAGAACAUUGACGACGAGCUAGACGAAAACGGAAUCAUCUUCGUAACAACUGAAGACUUGGUAACCGCGAAGAAGUAUGGUAUAAAAAGCUUCCCCAAGUUGGUUUUCUUCAGGAAUAAAGAACCUUUAGUCUACACUGGAGACAUCGGAGAUGAAGACGAGGUCCUCGCUUGGUUGACUGACGAAAACACUCUCGAGAUCCCUGACAGAAUCGAAGAAGUAAAUUCCAAAAUGCUGGACAAAAUACUCAGCGAGAAUGAACACGUUGUCGUAUAUUUCUAUAAGGAAGGCGAUAAGAGAUCCCAGAAGAUAUUGCAAGAACUCGAAAAUAUCGAUGAUGAAUGUGAAGACAAAGACAUCGACUUCAUCAAAAUAUCUGACGACGGUAUCCAGAAAGAAUACGACCUGCCAUCUUUACCAGCUGUGGUCUUCUACAGGAACAGAUUCAGAGAGAUUUAUACCGGCGAUUUGAUGCACGAAGAGGCCAUUUUGGAUUGGAUACUCAAGUUGAGAGAUUCUGAGCCUGACGUGAUCGAAAGCGUUGAUCGGAAAACUUUACAGGUUCUGAUAAAUGAUGUCGAGCAUCUGGCGGUGCUUUUCUAUAGCGAUGACUGUGAAGAAUGCGACGACAUCUUAGAAGAGCUAGAGACAAUCGACGAUGACGCAGACAAGCAUGGCAUCCAAUUCGUGAAAUCAAUGGACGCCAAAUUGGCUUCAGAAAUUGGCAUCUUCAGUUUUCCUGCUCUGGUAUACUAUGAGACUGGUGUUCCUAUCAUGUAUGACGGAAAUUUAUUGGAUGAGCAUGAGGUAUUGGACUGGAUGACAGAUCAAAAGAAUGACGAAAGCAUCGAAGAAAUAAACAGAGAUAAGCUUUUCAACUACAUCGAAACGAAAGAGUUUUUGGCAGUUGUAUUUUAUAAAGAAGAAGAUCCAGACAGUCCGAGAAUACUACGUCACGUAGAACUCAUAGAUGACGAAGCGGCAGAAUACGGCAUCAAGAUAGUGAAAACGAAGGACAGGCUGAUGGCUAAAAAGUACGGAUUCAGACAGCCACCCGGUAUCACGUACUUCAGAAAAGGCAAACCGAUCAACUACGAUGGCGAUAUUGACGAUGAGGAAGAAAUCCUGGACUGGUUGACGGAACCAGAAAAUAUGGAACUCACCGAUCACAUAGAGAGGGUCAACAGGAAGAUGUUCGAGAAGAUUCGGCUGAGGUCGGACUACGUAGCAUUAUUUUUAUAUAGCAGCGACUGCAAGCAAUGCCCCAGAGUCCUAACAGAAGUUGAACACAUCGACGACGAGGCCGACUCAGCGGGCAUCAACUUCGUCAAGAUCGAAGACAAGCAGAUGGCCAAGGAAUACGGGGUGUUCGCUCUACCGGCCAUCCUCUUCUUCAAAACCGGCUCGAAGGACCCAGUUAUCUACGCUGGGGACCUUUACGACGAGCAACAGAUCCUGCAGUGGCUGCUGACACAGAAAGAUCCUUCGGGAGAUGUCAUCGAGGCUAGAGAGGGGAGCGAGUUGAUAGCGAUGAUCGAUAAUGAAGAUGCUCUGGCUGUGUAUUUUUGGAACAAGACUUUGUGCGAUUUAUGCAACGGUCAGGAUCAGCACCUGCGCGCUGGAAGGAAGGCUCAGAAGAAGGCUACCGAAGAAGAUACCGAAAAUAACGUGGACGAUGACGACGUUUGCGAGCAAUGCGUGAAAAUCCUGGAAGAGCUGGAAAACAUCGACGACGACUGCGAACGGCACGGCAUCAAGUUCGUCAAGACCCAAGACCUGCGCAUAGCAGAGCAAUACGGCGCCACGGACUACCCCGUCCUUAUGUACUUUGAGAACGGAGUGGGGGGCGUGUUCGAGGGAGAGCUUCAGGAGGAGGAGGAGGUACUGCAGUGGCUGAUCCAGCAAAGGACGGAGGACCGUAUCGAGUUCAUCACCAGGGUGAUGUUGGAGAAGAUGGUGGAGGACACGCAGUACCUCGCCGUGUAUUUCUACAAACAGAACUGCCACAUCUGCGAGGAGAUACUGGAGGAGCUGGAACAGAUCGACGACGAGUGUGACGUUUACGGUAUCCAGCUGGUUCGCAUCCAGGACCCCCAGCUGGCCAAGAGGUACAGCAUCAAGACCUUUCCUGCGCUGGUCUACUUCAGGAACGGAAACCCGCUGCUGUUCGAAGGUGACCUGCAGAACGAGCAAUCGGUGCUGGAAUGGCUGAUCGACGAUGACAACAGAGAACUGGAGGACCAGAUCGAGCUGGUCAACGAUAGGAUGCUGACGAGGCUCCUGAACGAGUCGCCUUUCCUGGCGGUUUUCUUCUACGACGAAGACUGUCCAGAAUGCGAGACGAUCCUCGAACACCUCGAGGAAAUUGAUGGCGAAGCCGACCUCUUCGGCAUCGACUUCGUGAAGAUCUGCAGCUCGACGGCUGCAGCAGAACAGGGGCUGCACACGCUGCCAGCUCUCAUGUACUUCAGGAAGAAGAAGCCCAUGGUGUACGACGGGGAUCUCACCCAAUCAGACAGGGUGCUUGACUGGCUCACCUCGCAGGAUGUAUUCGAGAUCAAGAACGAGAUCGAGGAGGUGAACAAGAAGAUGCUGGAGAAGUUGCUGGAGGAGAACGAAUACGUCACGGUGUUUUUCUACGAAGUCAAUUCAGAGGACAGCAAAUCGAUCCUGGAAAAACUGGAAAACAUCGACAGCGAGACCGACAACUUCGACAUAACGUUCGUCAAGAUGGCGGACGCGCGCUACGCAAGAAAAUGGGGCGUCACCAACCUGCCGGCCAUCGUUUACUUCCGCAGACGCUUCCCCAGCAUCUUCAGGGGAGACCUACAUUCCGAGGCGGACGUGCUGGAAUGGCUGCGGAAGAACCGCUUCAGACAGCCCGAGCUCAACCUCUUCAUGUACGCUUUAUUAGCCAUCAUCGUGGGCUUCUUGAUUUACACCGCGUUUCUCCUUCAGUGCUUCAAAGUCACGCCGACCACCACCAUGGUGCCCCAUGCCAAGCAGAGCUAACUUUGUUCUCUUCCAUAGGCGGAAAAUGAUUAUUUACUGUGGUAUCACUGACAUAAACUACUAUAAACUACUAUCGUGA